UUCGCUCUCCAUCUACAUCUUGUGCAUCGCACACCGGACUCGAGGUUUUUGCACGUUUUAGUCCAAUUUCCCUCCAUGUUGGACACUUCUGCUUGGCCCACUUACGCCGAGCAGCUAGCAGGUCGCGGCUAUGGAUUUCCCCUGUGGCAUCCCGAGCUCAGCCAGUUCGGUACCGGGAUUACCUAUGAAGUCGAGAUUGGAGAUGUCGGCUUCGUCUCGGAGGGGUCGGACGACUGUUCAACGCUAUGCGUCCGAGCAGUGGUCCUCUCAACGCUCACGCGUUACUCCACUGCGACCGCUGCCGUAGCCUGCUAUGAAGAUUUUCACUCCGUCUUCCCGCCUGACAAUCACCCGGAUGGGUUGAAGAAGGGGAACGUUAUGAAAAAAAUGUUAUCUCGUGGCAUCGAUGUCCGCUUAGGCAAGCACGGCGUGACCUUCGUGUGCGUGAAUGACGACAUACGCAAAACCCCGCACAAAGACGCGCACAAAGAAGACAUCGAUAUCAUCUACUAGCAGCGGUUUGCCCGUGCCUUUUGACAUUGCAAAACACAUCUUCUACAGCAAUGAACGGACUCUGGAGUUGGACUCUCAAAUUUGCAGUGAACCGAUGCCUUUAGCUCAAUAAUAAAGCAAAGGAG